UCUCGUUGCCCUCGGCUGUGGCACGGAGGCAAAUCCCAUGGUGUCCUUGUCCUUCCUCCCCCAGAGCAGGAGCUGAGCAUGGAGAGCAGGGAGGACAAAUGCCCGCGGCAGGAGCUGGUGGCAGAGGCCGUUUUGAGCGGCUCCACGGCGCAGGAAGGCAACGGGGAGGAAAAGGCGCGGAGAUGCCGCACGAGGAGGGGCUGCAAACGCAGCCGGCGGGGAUGUGAGGGGGAAAGAGCCGGCCUGGGCCGGGAAGGCGGCCGGAGAUGGAGCCAGAGCUCGGAGCUGGUGCUCCGUGAGCAGCUCCGUGAUGGGGAGAAGCCCCACACGUGCGGGGAGUGUGGGAAGAGCUUCAGCAGGAACUCCGAACUGAUAAAGCACGAGAGGAUUCACACUGGGGAGAGGCCCUACGAGUGUGGGGAAUGUGGGAAGAUCUUCAGGUGGAACUCCGCCCUGAUCGUGCAUCAGAGGAUUCACACUGGGGAGAGGCCCUACGAGUGUGGGGAGUGUGGGAAGAGCUUCAGGCGCCACUCCAAUCUCAUCACGCACCAGAGGACACACACUGGGGAGAAACCCUACGAGUGUGGGGAGUGUGGGAAGAGCUUCACAGUGGGCUCCAGCCUGAUUGUGCACCAGAGGAUCCACACAGGGGAGAAGCCCUACGAGUGUUCCAAGUGUGGGAAAGCGUUUCCGACCAGCUCUGAUCUCCUCAAGCACUAUCGGAGUCACACAGAGGAGAGGCCUUUCCAAUGCCCUGAGUGUGGGAAGGGAUUCAAGCGCAACUCCCACCUCAUCACCCACCAGCACAUCCACACUGGAGAGACGCUGAACGAGUGUGAUCAGUGCAGGAAGAGGUUUCGGACCAGCACCCAUCUCCUCCAGCACUAUCGGAUUCACUCAGAGGAGAGGCCCUUACGCUGCCCCGACUGCGGGAAGGGAUUCAAGUACAACUCCGCCCUCGUCACCCACCGGCGCAUCCACACUGGGGAGAGGCCCUACGAGUGUGAUAAAUGCAGAAAGAGGUUUCGGACCAGCUCUGAUCUCGUCCUGCACUAUCGAAUUCACUCAGAGGAGAGGCCCUUCCGCUGCCCCGACUGUGGGAAGGGUUUCAAGUACAACUCCGCCCUCGUCAGACACCGGCGCAUCCACACAGGGGAGAGGCCCUACGAGUGUCCCCAGUGUGGGAAGAGCUUCUCCAGCAGCUCUAACUUGACCCAACACCAACGUAGGCACCGGUGAGUGGAGCCCUGCGAGUGCCCCGAGUGCGGAAAGAGCUUCAUGCGCUGCUCCAUCUCCAUCCCCCACUGGAGGAGGCACUGUGGGCACAGCCCUGGUCACUCACAUUCCCUGUUAUCCAUGUUAGGAACACAUCCUGCUGUUUCUGCUUUUAAUUUCACCUUAAUUUUUUUCCUCUUCUCCAUUUCUUUGCACACCAAAAGACAAGGGAGAUGGAUCUGUCACCUCAGAACUACUCAAAUCCCAGUGAAAACAGCUCAGUCUUACCCGAGAAUGCUCAAUCCCUCCCGAGAAAGACUGCAAUGCCAUACUAAAUUUUCUCGAUUCCACAGCCAGCAGGCUGAGAUGGGGUUGGGAGGUGAUUGACAGUACUGGGAACUCAAUUAGAGUGCUGGGAUGGGGAUUGUGUGGGGCUGGGUGUGUGGGGUGUAUUUGAGUGCAAAUAAAACUUUCAGACUUAUUGA